GUGUUUCUCCUCUGUGUAGUGUUAGUGUUUUAUGCCGAAGACAUGCGCUACUAGCAGUAUCUUUUAGAAGCGGCUCACGUAUUUAUUUAAGCGGUGCAAUUUGUCCAGCGUGUUUGGAGGGGAUGGGAUCUUGGGUAAUGGGCCGUGCAUGGGAACAGCAAGAACCGCUUCUUUACAAUUAGAUCUACACCGGAUACCGGGAAAUGAACCUCGCGCGAGCAGCGAGCUGGAUACCGUCUAUACGAGGAGCUGUCAGCAUAAAUAUAUGAUAUGUUUCAUCUGAUUUGAUCCCUUGCAUUGAUAGCUUCGAUAUUCUCUAUGUAUGGCCGUUCUGUCAUCAUGAUAUCGGGUUUGUGAAGAGGCGCGCGCGUGAGCCGCAUCCGCGCGAGGUGCAUCUCAACAUGACAGCAACGUAUAGAAAAGGAAGGAUACCAAGCAGGAAGACCUGUGGCUAUCCAGGAGACAUUUUAUCAGGGUCAGAUGGCCUGUCUUGAAUAAGAAACGUGCAAAAAUGGAGAGCUCUGGUUCAAGGAUGGUACUGAGGAGCUCGCGGCGACUGCUCGGAUGUUGCACACUUCUGCUUGCCGCUGCGAUGUUGGUGGGCUUCAUGGCGACGUCUGGCACACCCGUUGCAGUGGAGCUCCCAUCCAACAUGUCUAGAAGGAGCCUCAAUCAGCUUCCAACAAGAACACGUUCACCUUCUGCCUUAUCUUCAUCAUCAUCAUCAUCAUCAUCAUCUCCUCAUCGAUCUGAAAGAACCAGGCGUCCAGCUCAUACGCCUCCAGGUGCCAAACAUCCCUCGUCCCCUGGACGCCAUGACAUUGCCUCCCGCAUAGAUCCCACCCCGUCCCUCAGUUCCGAAGGGUCGGGUAACUUAGGUGACGGGGCACAGGGCAUCCACCUGCUAUUACGACCCCCAGACCUUCUAACACCCAGCCAGAUGCCUCCCCUCCAUGAUGACAGACUGCCGACACCAGCUCCCCCAACCCUGAUGCCACCCGAAGACCAGUAUCCCGUCCACUCCGCGGAGGUGGACUGGGGCUCCGGAGACUACCUUGAAACUCUUACUUUCAUGGGAUCGGAAGGGGAGGAGUUUUCUCUCGUCACCACCCUUCCUACGCAUGGAUACGAUCCGUAUGAUAUGGACGAUGAUGCCACGGUCAGCUACAACACAGCUUUCCCCUCUCGCCCCGUCCUGCCCCUCUCGUCAAGAGACCUCCAGCCCAGCGUGACUGUAAAAUAUGGGACUAAUUUAAGGACUGCCCAUCCUACCGAUCCCCACCUCCCAUUGGCUCCUGACUCCGCCCAUGCAAGCGAUAUGGAUGAUGAUUUGGAUUUCGAUUGGGCGGAGCUUUUUCCCAUUGAGCCGACUGAAAUGCUGCUUCCUGAUAUGAACAGUUUGGAAUACUAUAACACGUUGCAAGCCAAAGAGAAUGCUAGUAUUGUGAGGAAUAGGACGCACCUUCAUAUUAACCCUACGCACACUGUGGGACCCACCCACACUCCCACUGCAACUUUGGGAAAAAUCCCGGACAAAAUUGACCGGACAACUCCUCGACCUAUUCCAUCAGUAACCCCAACUCCACCCCAAAAACCUACAAAGCCUCCCAUUGCAUCAACCACCGAGACACAACGGCCUCCUGAAGGCCCAGAUAAGGGUGUUCCUUCCAUACCCACGUCCCAUGUGGGCAAAACCCGACCACCAGUGCCAACCGCCCUGCCUCCACCCGGCACCUCAGAGGGUCCAGUAAUACAAGCCGUUACGCUGAAGCCCCCUGCUACCAAACCCCAUAUGACCACCAUAAAAACCACCACCAGAACCACAACUACAACCACGACUACCAUGAGCACCACCAGCCUCUCCACCAAAAGCCCACCACCUACAACCCCCAGAAUUCCUCUGUCCAUCACACCCCGACAGUACGUCUGCAAUAUCACCAAACCGGACAUGUACCUAGUCAGAGUGGGCAUGCCUAGUGGGUCAUCGGUUGCGUUUGCCAAAGCUCAUGUGCGGGAGAUCCUUCGACGAGAGUUCAACCGUUCAGUAGAGCUCCAGGUCCUCAAAGCCCCACCCAAUUUCAUCUUCCGGGCAGUUUCUGGUCCACUGGUGUACACUGCUAUCUCUGUCAUUAAUGCUGUCCGCCAAUCAGUGCACAGCACUUCCUCUUCUUCCAUUCUGUUCGUCACAACUAUAUAUGCAGUGCCUGAUUACAAACAUCAGGUCCACACAGUGCUGCAGUUUGUACCGAGUCAUGUGGAUGUGCGUCUGUGUAGCUUCAGUGAGCGUGUAGAGAAGGGGCUACUCAUGGCAUACGCGGAAGUACGCAAACGCUCACAAGAAAAUGGAAAUUUCACAGUUCAUAUUGUGAAUAUCACUAGUAGCCUUCCUAAGGGUCAGCGGCUGCAGAAGGCACCGGUGGACAUCACUUUUGCUGUGCGUGAUUCUCAAGGCUUCCUAACGGGAUCAGAUGUGAGUGGUCACAUGAGGCAGCUCAGCGCUGUGGAGUUCAGCUUCUACCUUGGUUUUCCUACCCUGCAGAUCGCUGAACCUUUUCAUUAUCCUGAACUGAAUGUGUCCCACCUGUUACACACAUCCUGGGUGAAAACAGUGUUAUUGGGUGUGUUGGACCAGCGUGUGAACGAGAGGACCUUCCAGGCCAAAAUGGAAAGGCGAUUAGCACUGCUGGUUGGAGAGGGACUUCGGAUCGGGGUUAGCAGUCGACGAUGGAGAAGAGCUACUAGUAUUGGCAACAACAGUGUACAGAUCGUGCGAACGUCCCGUCUGGAUGGCCCGGACUACCCGCUGGAGCUGGUGUAUUUUGUGGAAGCGGGGUCAGGAGAGAGGCUGCCAGCCCAGGCCACUGCAGCCAUGCUCAACAGACUGAACCUGCAGAGAGCCGCCAUCGUACUGGGCUACAGAGUACAUGGAAUUCUGGCCACACCGGUGGAGAAGCUAGCCCUGCUGCCCUCUGAGACUCAGCCCAGUAACGUGUGGCUGAUCGUAGGAGUUGUGGUCCCAGUUCUUGUGGUCAUCCUCAUCAUCAUCAUCCUCUACUGGAAACUGUGCCGCUCUGAAAAACUGGAGUUUCAGCCAGACGCCAUGAACACCAUCCAGCAGAGACAGAAGUUGCAGCCUCCCAUUGUUAAAGGCUUUGAUUUUGCUAAACUACACCUGGGGCAGCAUAGUAAGGAUGACAUCAUGAUAAUCCAAGAACCCGCCCCUUUGCCAGCACCUGUUAAAGAGGCCACGCCCUCAGAGGGCGGAGAAUUGAACACUCCUAAAUCAAAGAGCUCAUCUACAAAAGCAUCCCGUGCAGCACGGAGAAGAGGCAGGUUGUCUCCAUCUGAUGGAGAUUCAUUAGGAAGUGAAGCAUCCAGCGGUAGAGAAUCAGCAGAGGAAAGCACCAGACCUGCUGUGACGCCAAGUGACAGCAAACCCCAACAUCGCAAGAGCAAGCAUUGUAUUAUACGACAAAAGCACACUAAUUCUAGUAUCCAAGUGGCCUUGAGGCAUAAAUCUGAGAUCGAACACCAUCGCAAUAAGAUCCGCCUGCGUGCCAAGAGAAAGGGCCACUACGAGUUCCCCUCCAUGGAGGACAUCAUGACAGUGUUUGGCGACAGCUCCGAACAGCAGCGAGUGUAUCAACAAGCUCAAGAACAGAUACACAAGAUCCUGCAUCUUGAAGAACACACACCUUCAUCGUGCGGAGAGCCACGCAAAAGUUCCAAAGAAAGACGCUCUCCCAGACACAGACAAAGACAGAAUUUGAGUGGAAGCGGAAGUCUGAGAGACAAAGAUCGCCUGAUUUCCGACGGAGAUGCCAUGUACAGGAAGUACCCCGGGGUCAACAAUGUGGCCUAUGUGUCCGAUGCAGAUCAGCUCCCAGAUGCAGGAAGCCCUUCUCCUACUGAUGAGGUGUUUUUAGACCCUGGAUCGCCGCCGUCUGGCCCUGCCCCUGCCCCGCCCAGCUACGUCCCUCCUCAGCCAACCAUAGAAGAAGCCCGGCAACAGAUGCACUCCUUAUUGGAUGACGCGUUUGCUCUGGUCUCACCUUCUUCUCAAGGAAGCCCUGCUCCUCUAACAUUCACUGGCAUUACGGCGGUCACUUGUGUCGGCGGAAUCAGCCCCGGUCAACCCUCCAGCCCGUCCUCACGUCCUACACGCCAAUGGGGCUCCUCUUCUUACCCAGCAGCCCCUGUACACAGUCCUUUCUCUGUGAGGUAUGCCGAGUUAGGAAUGUCUCCCACAUCUGUUCAAGGUUUACUGCAGAGUCAGGCGCAGGGCUCUGGAUAUGUGGUGUCAGCAGAGAUGCAGUCAGAUCCUGGAUACUCCAGCAGGGGGCUGUAUGGAGAAGAGAUGCCAUCAUCUUCUCGGCCACGACCAGUAGGGGGCAGCACAGGUGCACAGUUGCAUCAGCUGACACAAGUGGGCUUGUCAAGUCGGAUUGGACUGUAUCCUGGAGUUGGCCGUAGUGUAUCUGGACCUUCAGGAUCAAGCUGGGCCCAUUACCGCUCAGAUGAGGAGAUUUCCAGACCAGGAUCCAACCGAGAGGCUAUACUGACAUUCCCAGAGUACUCUUCAUCACCAGUAUUCCAGAUGCCCAGGACGUCCCUGCAGGAUCCCACAACACCCCAGGGUCACCUGGAAGCCUCGAGCGCGGGGUACAUCGCCCCUGAGGAGCGUUCUCCACCCCCCCAAUCCUCUGCCUUUCUCAUCAAGGCUAUCAGGGAAGAACUCCAGAGACUUUCUCAGAAACAGGUUGCUGUUGUCAGCUACCAGAGUUGAGAAAGACCAUCCCAAAAACCCCUGCCCUGGUUACCUUCCCGAUGUACCACAUAAACAAACUCACAAAUCCCAACACAGCUCCAUGGCUGAGAAGCUGCUUUACACAAAAUCCGAAACAAAACCUUCAAAUUCAAGUACGGCUGGUCUAUUACAUAUGAAGAAUUACUCGCAAUCUUCCAUACUGGUAUUGCCAAGACAUCCGCAAAUUAAAUUCCACUGCUGACAUGCAGAAAAUAAACUUAAAUACUCUCUCCUAUAAUUCACAAAGAAAAAAAAAACUCAUGUCCAGACUGUUUAGAAAAAUAGACAAAACUUCCCCAUAUUCAGACUCUCAAUGUGCAUGCUGAGAGCUGUGAACCUUCAAGACUUCGUACUGACUGUUGCUAAUGUGAAAAUCCCUCCCCUUCAUUCCAUGUCUCUCAAAGUGCUUCCUCCAAAUGGGUCAUCUUCAUGUCUCUGAACUUCCUCUGGUGCUAAACAUCAUUGCUGGGCUCCGCCACGAUACCACAAUUCAGCCCUGCCCAAAAACUCUGAAGUGGCGUUCUUUCCUUUUCCUGUUCUCCCAUUUAUCCAAGACGGCUUAUCAAGUGGAAAUGUGCUCUGUUCCAAAACCUAGUGAGCUGUUCAAUGUGAAAUCUGUUCCAAAGGUUAGUCAACUUAAUUAUGUUCGCUUACAAGAUACUUAAAUAUGUUUUAACCAAAAAGUUAUAUUUCAUUUGAUAAUAUUCA